AUGAGGGGAGUAAGAGUGGCCAAUAUUGUAUCCAAUCACUCCUCGGAGUGGGUUAGAAGGCAAAUAACCGACCGUUAUUUGGUUCAAAAACAAAUUGACAAUUAUCGCAGCAGAUCGGCCUAUAAACUAAUGGAACUGGACGAUAAGUACUUCAUUUUUCGCAAAAAUCAAACCGUCGUUGAACUGGGCUGUUUUCCAGGCGGCUGGGCGCAGGUUACACUGGAUAGAACCCUAGCUUCUGCAUCUUCAUCCAGGGUUAUUGGAAUCGACAAGGUUCAAAUCGACCCAAUACCGAAUUACACGUUCAUAAAGGGCGAGAUAAACGACGAGGAAACUCAAAACAAGCUAAUACAGACGCUUGACGGGGUCAGGGCCGACGUGGUUCUGAGUGACCUUGCCCCCAACUGUACCGGAGUUAAAAAGGAUGACCAUCUGAACUCGGCAGAACUCUGUUUACAGGCUGCUUCACUGAUGGAAAGGGUGAUAGCAGUUGGUGGCACCUUUGUGGUAAAGAUAUUUAUGGGUGGCCAAUUGGACAGAUACAAAACAUAUUUGAGAAGCAUGUUCACGGCGGUCAGCUCUGCAAAGCCAAAGUACGUUUACGGAUCUUGCAGAUCCGAGUCCAAGGAAAUGUACCUGGUUUGUAAGAACUUUAAAGGCGCCAGAAGUAUUAGAUCAGACGUGCAGACUGAGGGUAGCUACUACCCUAAAGAGGGAUUUUUGUAG